AUGGACGAAGACGAGAUCGGAGGUAACCAGAGGCGAAAAGCGAAUCAGAUCUACAAGAAAGACGAUCGGACAACGAUUCCUCGAAACGACGUCGUACAAGCUGCCGCUGAUGAUGAUGACGAACAGCUUCCUCUUUCCUUAAGCUUAGGUCCAACAUCGUAUCCUUCUCAGAUCUCUCCGCCGCUUCGUCUAGCACCACCACCGUCACUGCUUGAUUUCUCUCAGCCUAUGAUGACUCGUCCGUCGCCUGAUUUUAUCUCAUAUCAAAAAUAUCUCAUGUCAUCUCAGCCGUAUCUGCCAUCAUCGAUGAGUAACUUUUCGUCUUCACAACAGAUCCAGCCACCGUUUCGUCCACCGGGUAAUUACUUCCCUCAAUCAGCUUUCGCUCCUCUUCCUCCUCCGUCGUCGAAUCAAAAACGAGAGCCACGUCGGAGUUCGACCAGAUCAUCACAGUUCGGAAACCGGAUCAAAAACGAGAAGAUUCCGGCACCGUUUCCAUGGGCUACGAAUAUUCGAGGGAGGAUACGAAGCUUGGAAGAUCUGGAAUCGAAUCAGAUCACUAUAAUCACUGGAGAUGUACAAUGCAAACACUGUGAGAAAGUUUAUCAAGUGAGUUACAAUCUGAGAGAGAAAUACUCAGAAGUUGAGGAUAUUUUCGUGAAUCGUAAAAGGAUAAUGAGGGAAAGAGCUCCGGCGAAAUGGACAAAUCCAGUACCGGCGAGGUGUGAGCUUUGUGGCCGUGAAAAAGCAGUGAAACCGGUGAUUGCUGAACGGAAAAGUAAGAUUAAUUGGUUGUUUUUGUUUUUGGGACAAACAUUGGGUUAUUGUACAUUGGAACAGUUGAAGAAUUUCUGCAAACAUUGCAAGAGUCAUCGUACUGGUGCUAAAGAUCGUGUGCUUUACUUGACGUAUUUGGGUCUUUGCAAGAUGCUUGAGCCUAAUCGUGAGUUGUUCAAGAGAGAACCUUUAAGGAGGUGA